AUGCGAGCUAAGCGCUCCUUAUUAGAACACCAUGUUGUUGUUGAAGAGCUUGGUGGAGAUGUUCAAUGUGUUGAAAUUUCUGCUUUACAAUCCAAGAAUCUGCCAGCACUGCAAGAGGCGCUGCUGAUACAGUCCGAUUUGAUGGGAUUAAAAAGUACGCCGAAAGGAUUAGUUGAAGGUGUCGUCAUUGAAUCAUCGAUGGUUCAUGGAAUCGGUAAGGUUUGUACUGUGGUGGUGACUCGGGUGGAUGUGGUUACUCGUGGGACUUUACGUCGGAAUUCCAUCCUUGUCGCGGGUGGAGCGUGGUGUCGGGUACGGACGAUGACGAAUGAAACUGGCCAACAACUACAAGAAGCCGGACCUAGUACACCAGUUCGGGUCUCCGGUUGGAAAGAAGACAUUCCGACUCCGGGCGAAGUGCUAUUGGAAGUGCCGUCGGUGGAUCGUGCCCAACGAGCUGUGAAAUUUCGUGCUGAAAAGGAAAUGGCGGAGAAAGCAGAAAAGGACUGGGAAGCGAUCGAAGAAAAGCGAAAGGAGGAACGUGAAAAGUAUUUGGAAAAUCGCCAAAAACUCUUGAAUAAGGUUUCUUUACUUAUUUUUCUCCGUUUUCUCAUC